AUGGCAUGCUUCAGUGAAAGCGAUGUAUAUAAAUCACUGAAAGAUGUCUUCAGACUAAACUCAUUCAAGUCAAAACUUCAAGAACAGGCUACACUUUCCGUUUUUAAGGGAAAAAAUGAUGUGUUUAUAUCAAUGCCGACAGGUUCAGGAAAAUCACUAUGUUUUCAGCUACCUGCGGUUUUGCAUCCUGGUGUGGCGCUUAUCGUUUCUCCUCUGCUUGCUCUCAUUAGUGAUCAAAUAGAACACCUUAAAAAGCUACAUAUUCAGGCAGAAACAAUUAAUUCGAGAACUGCAGAUACACAGAGACGUAAGCUGUUCCACCACCUCACCAGUGUUCCUCGUGACUCAAACAAAUACCUCAAGUUGUUGUACAUAACUCCCGAGCAACUUCAAACACCCUUCUCUUCUUCCCUCGUCAGCCAAUUAUACGAGAACUCAUGCAUAAGUUACUUUGUUGUUGAUGAGGCACAUUGUGUGUCAGAAUGGGGUCACGAUUUUCGGCCUGCUUACCUCGCCCUAGGCAAGGUGCGUCGUAAGUUAUUCCCAGGAGUGCCUUGUAUAGCACUUACUGCCACUGCCACACCUCGAGUUCGGGAUGAUAUCAUUAAAAACUUGGGACUGGGAGAGUUUUCACGUUACUCCUCCAUUCACUCUCUUGGGUUUGUUGGCGAUUUGGAAGAAUUCAGAUGCAACGUUUUUCGGCCAAACCUUUACUACGAUGUUGUAUUUGGUGAUUUAGUUGAUGACGUAUAUGCAGAUGUUUUGCAGUUCGCUGCUGAAUGCAUCGGUUGGGAUAAGACUAAAACGACAGACUGGACAAAAAUAGGAUGUGGCAUAGUUUACUGUCGAACUCGUACUGAUUGUGAGUCGUUGGCCGAAAAGCUUACAACUUUAGGACUGUCAUCACGCGCUUAUCAUGCAGGAUUGUCCAAAUCUGACAGGGAAGGUGUUCAAAUGGGAUGGUCUUCUGGGUCGUUUCCCAUUGUUGUUGCUACCAUAAGUUUCGGGAUGGGUGUAGACAAGGCUAACGUAAGAUUUGUUCUCCAUUGGACUUUACCAAAAAGUUUAGCAGCUUACUAUCAAGAGUCAGGAAGAGCUGGAAGAGAUGGUUUACAAGCUUUUUGUCGGAUUUAUUACUUCAAAAAAGAACGUGAUACUGUAGUGUUUCUAACAAAUCAAGAAUCAAAUAGUGGUUCUCAAAAGUCUCUUAAUAAUUUUCAAUGUAGAAAGAGUGAUGUUAAUACAAUGGUGAAAUAUGUUGAAUCAGCUUCUUGUCGACAUCAACAGUUUGCAAGUUAUUUCAAGGAUGAACCGCCUCCAUGUGGGAAUCGUUGUGAUGUUUGUGCAAAUGCAUCACGUGUGUCUAUGAAUUUAGCGUUAUUCCGUGCACUUGAGUUCACUACGAAAAUUGGUUGUGAAAAUACUGAAGACAAUAAUGAAAAUUACAAUGAUAACAAUUUUGUAGAUAAUGAAGAUAAUGGUUCAGAGAAUUUUUCUGAACGUGAAAAGUAUGAUCGAGAAGAAAGACAGAGAUUAAUAGCAAGUGAAUUCGAUAAACGUCGUCGUAAUUCAGAGAAAUCUGUACAAUCUUCAUGGAUUCCAGCACCCGAUACAACAGAUGUCUUAAGUCCAGAUAAUCGUAAUGUUACCGGUAUCACUGGACGUUGUCGUGAUCAAACUCUUCAAUUGUUAGUCAGUGCAAUGAAAAAGUUGUUCCCAGAACAUGAAGCAUUGUUGAAUAAGUUAUGCGCAGAUGCAGAGUAUGCAUUAUUCAAGGAGUCGAAAGUUGCUGCUAUGUAUCGUACUCGUAUGGCAAGAUUGAUAACUUAUGUACGUCGCCCAAAUGUCAGUAAAGAGUCUGUUUGGAGUGCUGUUAAAAGUAAGGCGGAUAUUCUUCUGACACAAGCAAAUCAGAUGAUAAAACCCACAGAAAAUACUAUUCAAAGUAAAAAUAAUUCAGUAAAAACAGAGAAAAAUAUUAUCUUAUCAAAACAUCAUAAGUUGAAAAGACCGCAUUCCCCUGAAGAAAUCAAUUUCAAUAUUCAAUAUUCAACACCUGAUAUUAGCAAAAAGACAAAAUUGGAAAUACCAUCUACAAAUCUUAAGUUAUAUUUUAAAAGCGAAAAACUUUCACCAGUGAAAUCGCACUCUUCGUCUAACGUCAAUGCUGGUAAUAAUGGUGAAGAUGAUGAUGAUGAUGAUUUUAUGAAUUUCAGUAAGGAAGGAGACGAAGAACAAAAGACAAAAUUAAAGGAACAGAAAUCUUUCAACUAUUUUUCGACAAAACAGUUCCAGCCUAAUGCCAGUUUUAAAGAAAAUAAUGAAUCAAGUAGAAGGUUAGACAUUAAUUUAAAGUCUCAUGAAGUUAAAGCGUACAACAGACUUGGAAUUCAGACUGAAGAAAGUUCUCCAGAUCUUAGUGACGAUGAUGAUAAUGAAGACAAUGUUCACCAUGGAGUACAGGGAUUUCAAGGGCAAAAAAUAGAAUUAACACCAAAUAAGUAUGAAGAAUCAACAGAUUCCAAUGAUGCACAUCAUAAGACAUUGGUAAUCAAAGUAGAUGAACCGAAAUACGAUCACUUGAACGUGGACAAUUCAGAAUCACUAGAAGUUGUACCGAAAACCAUCCUCAAAACAGAACCUGUUGAACCUGAGAAACGCCUUGUUUACUUUUGGGAACAAGGCAACAAAACUGAUGCUGUUCCCACUACUGUAAAUACUACCGCUACUGUAGCUUCUACCAUUGCCAUCAAUACUACUUCUUCGAAAUUAGUUAUCGCUACUAAUAAUACUAAUAUUAGUAAUGAAUGUCCUAGUUCUGUGACAAGUGAUCUACCAGGGGAAAUAACGGAGAUGCCCAGUGAAAAACAUCCGACAAAGCAUUCUCAUCAUCAGAAUCACCGACCAUUUAAUCCUCGUUCUAUAGUAUCCAUUCCUACAAAUACACGAAGUGUUGAAAUGAAAGAAGAGACUAAUUGUACAUCUACUGAAAUAAGUUCAUCUACUACUGAACUGGCAAAACAAGUAGUAGCUUCCCUAUCACGUCAUUUUGCUAAAGGUGUAUUUGAUAAUAAAGAGACAUUUAAACUGGUUGCCAAGAAGUUAACUCGAAAACUGCUUACACAUCAUGAAGUUAAUAUAUUCAUCAAGCCAAUAUUAGAUCAAUUAAUUGAUCAGUUAUUGAUAGAAUUUAUUCAAACAAAAAAUCGAAUAAAAUCCCCAGAUGAUAUUGAUUGGAGUAGAUUACCUAGUAUAUUCUUACGAUUGCCAUAA